AUGCCUCUCAUUCCCUCAACCACUUCUAUCGGUGGUAAGCCGCGUGUGAUCUUGGGUCUUAUGACCUUUGGUCCACCCGGCAGCGAAUCCAAAGGUGCCCGUAUCACCAGUCUCGACGACUACAACAAGAACCUGGACUAUUUUCAAAAGCAAGGGUAUAACGAGCUGGACACUGCACGCACAUACAUUUCAGGCGACCAAGAAGCUUUCACACGGGAAGCAAGGUGGAAGGACCGUGGUUUUGCUCUCGCGACCAAGUGCUAUCCAGUUCAACCCGGCGAUCAUAGUCCCGAGAAACUGCGCGCAUCCCUUGAGAAAAGCCUAAAGGAGUUGGGAACAGACAGUGUGGAUAUCUUCUACCUGCACGCUCCCGACAGAUCAGUGCCGUUUGACGUCACACUGAAGGCUGCGGACGAGUUGUUCAAGGAAGGUAAAUUUUCGCAACUCGGGCUGAGCAAUUAUGCAGCCUGGGAGGUCGCCGAGAUAUGGAAUAUUGCAAAUGAAAGGGGUUUGGUCAAGCCAACGAUAUACCAGGCUAUGUACAACGCCAUCACAAGAGAGAUCGAAACAGAACUUGUUCCGGCAUUGAGAAAAUACAAGAUGGACCUCGUCGUCUAUAACCCGCUCGCCGGAGGAAUGUUUAGCGGCAAGUAUAAAUCCAAGCAGGAAAUCCCCGACACAGGCCGUUUCGCAAGCGUCAACCCAAAUGUUGGCAAGAUGUACCGCGAGCGCUAUUUCAAAGAUGUGUACUUCUCGGCCUUACAGUUGAUUGAACCAGUGGUGACCAAGCAUAACCUAACACUGAUCGAGACUGCUCUGCGUUGGCUGCGACACCACUCGCUGCUGAAGUCAACAGAUGGGAGCAAUGACGGUAUUAUCAUCGGUGUGAGUAGUCUGAGCCAGCUGGAGACCAACCUAGAGGUCAUCGAAAAGGGUCCCUUGCCCGAAGAGGUUGUUGCCGUCUUGGAUGAGGCUUGGAAUACCCUGUUCAAAGCCCAGGCACCGAGUUACUGGCGGUAA